GAUGGCUUUCGAGGCGCUGGCCGAGGCCGCGGAGCGCUGGUGCGCCCGGACGCCCUUCCAGCUCAUCGCGGCCGAGGAGACGGAGCGGCGCAUGGACUUCUACGCCGAGCCCGGCGUCUCCUUCUACGUGCUCUGCCCGGACGCCGCCUGCGGCGACAGCUUCCACGUGUGGAGCGAGAGCGAGGACUGCCUGCCCUUCCUGCAGCUCGCGCAGGACUACAUCUCCUCCUGCGGGAAGAAGACCCUCCAUGAAGUACUGGAAAAAGUCUUCAAAUCCUUCAGACCUUUGCUUGGGCUUCCAGAUGUUGAUGACGAUGCCUUUGAAGAGUAUAACGCAGACGUGGAGGAAGAGGAGCCAGAAGCCGAUCACCAACAAAUGGGUGUCAGUCAGCAGUGAUUUUCCAAGAAGCUAAAAAAUUUGGAACCCCUUGGGACCAGGUGGGGGUCCCGUGGUGCCACGUUAGCCUGUUUGAAUUAGCGCAUCACGCUGGGAUAUCGGGCUCCCGGGGGAAAAGUCUUAACAACGGUUAAACAAACCACCCAAGCAACCUGUGAUGAGCUUUGCUGAGAAGUGACCUGAAUUUGGCUCCUGCUUCAGCGGGGUUUCUCUGGAGUUGUCUUGGUAGCGUUCUGCCACUGUCAGUUUAGAAGUAGUUUCGUUGCUGACUGUCUCCUUGGUUUGUAUUAGGGGAUAACAUUCGCUGGCCUGAAUGUGGAGAGCUUUGAAUGUAGGAGCUGUUGGAUUGGGGUGCUGGGUACUCACGUGUGACCUUACUGAGGAAGUUAAUGCAGAGGAAGUGCAAUCCCUGCUUUUUUUUUUGUUCAACCACUUAUGAUUUUUUUGACUCUAUCCUACCAGGCAAAGUACUGCACUUUGAGAGCUUUCUUCUCAAAAACACUAGUUUAAUAGUGGCCAGUACUGCAGAAGUGCACAUAGAAGCUGCAGGAAAAUAAGGGGAAGUGGGAAAUCCAUGUGGAGGGCUUGUAUAAGACACAUAAGUGUCAUUUUACUAGCACUUGAAUUUCCAAGUGCUGGAUUUAAUCACGGGGCGUAAUGAAAGCUCUCAUCAACCACACACAUUACAAGCAACCUCAUUACUUUGACACCAUUCAGUCUAAAGCCAAAUGCUGUUUUGGGACAAAUUGAAGCAAUUGAAAAUCCCCAUGACAUAUCCCACUUCUGCAAGAAAACCACCUUUAAACUUUGCUGAUUUUACUAUGUUGAUAAAUUAUUAUUCCAAUCUUGCAUCCUCCCGAAUUGAAGUGCAACUGAACUUUGAAGCCAUAGGGUUGUAAACCAGCACCUGGCUCUUGAAAUUACACUGGACUUCUUCCUCAUGCUGGGCCUCGGUGUAAAUAGUCUGUGACCUAGCCUGGGCAUUUACACCUCUUUGGAAGAGAGCUAAACACUACCCAAGCAGAAAGGCAAGACCUGUCUCUUAACAGUAAGGCCGCUGUGUUGCUUUGGAGAGGUAGAAAAGCCUCACGGGCACCACAGAGGUCACUCACAACCACUUUGCAGCCCCUUUGCUGCCAGGCUGCAGUCGAUAUGAAAGCUAGUGAAGCAGAGGGUUUUCUUCAGCUGGGCCUUGCUCCCCAGAGUGAUUUGAGGGGGUCUUGGUGUGAGGGGGAAUAAGACCCUUCAUAUUUUAUACCUAUUUUGCAUAGAUUCAAAUAAUUCCAAUGAGUGCCAACUGGUGAGGAUACAGGGUCUCUUUAAUUACUUGCCUUUUGUACUGAAGAUGUUAGAAACUAAGAGGUUCCUUUGGGAUGCAGCUAUUUUCCUUAGUGAAACAGAAUGUUUCUAGAUUUAUGCGAUUUUUCCAAAGUUUUUAAAAUCGUGAGGUGAAGGUCACAUGCUCCAAAAGCCCUUUUAUAGGGAAUUAUCUUCAACAAAACAGAAUGUGAAUGAAGAGAAAAUACUUGGACAACUCCCAGAAACAACUUGCACCGUAUUGAAAACCGUUGCUAGCAAUGUUUCCUUUCCAGUAGGUUUUUAAGAGAUUUUAUUUUCCAGGUUGUUAAAGGGGAUAAGUUCUCUCGGUGGUGUGCGUUUCUGCUGAGGGCCGGAGAGAUGCGUAGCACUUCGUUUUGUGCAACCUGAGGCAGAGACCAGGGUGCUCUUUGGUAGCCGAGGACGCACCAAAGGGUCUGCAACACCAUAGAAGUCUGAGCUUAAGAACACUGCAAAAGGGGAAGGGGAGCAGCCCUCGAGCUCCCCUUGCACGUCCUUCGGGCAUGCCGGCGCACGCGCCAUCAUCGCCACACGUUGCCUACGGGCCGGUGACGUGAGGACUGUGGCAAUUCUUUGUGUAACACUGUACAGCGGCUAUAGGCUUUUUGCUUGCUAAAAUGAAGUGCAAGACCAGUGUUUUCCAUCCCUGCUCUAAAUCCCUGAAGGGGGGUUUAUUAUUUUUAUUUUUUCCCCUCUCCAGCUAAAAAGGAUGCCAUAGUCUUAAGCGGAGUCUUGCUUUAGAGCCGUCUUCCUCAUUGCAUCCAGUGCUUUGAUUGCAGCUCGUCUGAGUAGAUCCGUGGAGGGGCUGGAUUUCAAGGCAGACCCUGGUGCUCAGGCUCGCAGCUGCGUUCGCCCCUUUGCGCAGUGGCCGAGCGGGCACGUGCCCACACACACGUGCAAGGCCCAGCCUGCUGCCCGGUGCCCGUGUCCUGCUGCUCCCGCCCUUCCCACUGGAUCCUCACAUCCCGGGCCGCGCCGCGCACUGGAGCUGGCCAUACCCUUCCGUGGUUUUCCUGGGAGGCGGCUUUUCAGCCAGACCGGGAUGUGAUCCGGGGAUGGAGCAGGGUGGAAAUGUGGAGCCUGGGGCUCCUUGUCCCUUCCUGGCGGUGCUGCGGAUGUGGCUGAACAGGCCUAAGUGCUGUUAGGAGUCCGGCCCACAAGCCUAAAGGUGGUGGAAAAUCAGGCCCUGGAUUAUGGUGGGACAAAGCAGGAGUUAAUGGAAUGGGAAGAGACUAGGAGAUGCAGUGCUUAGUAAUUGCCCACAGAUUAUGAUGUAUACUGCACUUUGCUACUUUUGCCUGCGUUUUGAUUGAUGUGUAAAUGAUGCGGUUGAGCAUUAAUAUGGUUGUAAGCAAACAUAAAGCUGUAAAUUAUGUAGAUAAAUUAUUUUCUGUAUUAAUUAACUUUUGUUUUUGGGAUGCCACAUGCCACGUGGGUGAUUUCCACAGCAGAAGUGCUCCAUAGCACAGGGGGGAUCCUUCUG